CAGGUGGCAAUACUGAGCCGUUAGUAUUAACGCUGGAGCUUCAUGGCGGCGCUGUACACAAAAUGGAAAACAGGAGGGAAGCAGAGCUUUAGUUUCAUGGCUCGGUAUUUUUCUUGUUCUUACUGAUUUAAGUGGCCUCCGUUGUUUUGUCUAAGACGAAGUGAGAGAUGAAGGUGAAGAUAAAGCAGUGGAACGGUGUGGCGUCCUGGUUGUGGGUGGCCAAUGAUGAGAACUGUGGCAUCUGCAGAGCUCCAUUCAAUGGCUGCUGCCCAGACUGUAAAGUUCCUGGAGACGACUGCCCGCUGGUCUGGGGUCAGUGUUCGCACUGUUUCCACAUGCACUGCAUCCUGAAGUGGCUGAAUUCACAGCAGGUCCAGCAGCAGUGCCCGAUGUGCCGGCAGGAGUGGAAGUUCAAAGAGUGAGAAUUUCACUUCUCAGCGGGAAGCCCACUCACAUAGCUUAAAGUCCACUCUGCACAAAUUCAUGUUUUUAUCUUCUAAGCAAGUGUUUUAUGAGCUUGUUAUUUCAUACAAAGUAAUAGCUGUUCCUUUUUUU